GCCAUCUACUUUCCACAUUUUACUGGUGGUGUUAGAACAUGAAGUACUUAGUGUUAGUUAGUGUAAUUUUUUUAUUAUCCGACGUCAGGACCGAAACGACGCCCGUGUAUGGUGGAUUGCAGAUUUUGACGAAGGUGUUUCGGCAGUAUUUGAAGAGUCAGCCAGAUGAUGUCAAAUUGGGAGAUGGCGUUCAUAUUGUCAGCGUCAAGAGUGAAAACGAUGCGAGGGCUAUUGUGGAUGAUGGAACCGUCUUAGGGGUCAUUGAACAUUACCUUGAAAAUCAUGAGUUGAGAAUUCGACUGCCGGAACUGAUGCCGGGUGAAGGAUUUGGUAGAGCGUUUAAGACGGCGAUGGAAGAAGUGGAUGCCAAAGAUGAAAGUACUGGAAGAGGCAAAGGAGGAAAAGGCGGUGGAGGAAUGGGAGGAGUCAUGAUCAUCGGUCUAAUGAUGGGCAAAUUACUAGCUGCUCUCGGUAUCGGUGGUGUUGGUCUUCUCGCCAUGAAAGCCCUCAUGGUGUCCGCUCUUGCCCUCAUGCUCUCCGUAAUAAUAGGUCUCAAGAAGCUAGUCCAUUCCGACCAUGAAGAACAUGGCCAUACAGUCAUCCACGCUGGAGGGCAUGGUCAUGAAUACCGAAGAAAGCGAGAGGCUGCUGAUAUGGCCUACCACGCUUGGAAUAAGUUCAAAACAACCUAAAUUCUUUUAGGGAAACUAUUGAGAUACAAAUUUAUUUUUAUAAAAUAUUUGUGUAUUUGAAUUUCAUAUUUUUAUAUAUAUGAUACCGUAAGUUGUUACAAUUUAUUGUAACAAUGGAGUAUAUUAAUUUUCUGUGUUUUGUAGUUAGUUAAUUUAAUUUAUUUUAUUUAUUGUUAAUUUAUUAUUUUGUCAUUAUAACAUCUAACCAUCUUUACUUUACCGACUUCUUCUCCAUCUUUUCCUAGCUUUACUGGACUUUUUAAAUUUUAAGACAUUUUUAUAUACCUUUUUAUAUACCUUUUCAUAUACCCUCCUGCCCAUCUUCAUCAACAACAUCAUCAUCCUCAUCAUCUUCCUCAUCAUCUUCCUCAUCAUCUUCCUCAUCAUCAUCUUCUUCAUCAUCACCUUCUUUAUAAUAAUCUUGCUUUUUCGUUCUUUAUCAUAUAGCUUUUUAUAUACCUUUCCAUAUACCAUCCUCAUCAUCAUCACCAUCAUCAUCUUAAUUAUAAUAAUCUUCAUCGUCACCUUCAUCAUCAUCAUCUUCAUCAAUAACAUCAUCAUCCUCAUCAUAUUCCUCAUCAUCAUCUUCUUCAUCAUUACCUUUAUUAUUAUCUUGCUUUUUCAUUAUUUAUCAUACUUUUACUUAUUUUUUAUCCUUAGUCUUACAUUAAAUACUUUAAUUUUUAUUAUUUCUCUUAUUAUCUGUAUCUUUUGUGUCUAUCCUUCUAUUCUUUUUUCUCUUUUCUUUUAUAAUUUCUUUGAUUUUAAACAUAUUUUCUCUUCUAAUGACUUUUGUAUAUGAUUAUUGAUAUGUUUAGUUUUAAAUAAAUCAGAAUUCUAAAAAUAUGAUUUUUAAAUUACCACUUUUUCUCAACAGUAAAGUCUGUUCGUAAAUAUAACAUCCAAACUAAUAUAGGUCUGGAUCCCGCGUACCAAAAACAAGUUGAUUAAUAGGAAGCUGAAAAUUUGUUAAUAGCUUAGGGGUAUCUAGUCGUACACACUUUGAUAUAUUGGAACACUGGAACAGGGAAAGUUUUAAUUGUGGAACAGGUUCAAAAUUUGGAACGUGAGACUACGAGAACGUCAGAUGUAUUUUGUCCGACAGAUUUGCCAAUUGAUUUGUUACGUAGUUUUGUUUCUUUGAUUGUUUUCGUAGUCUGAAUUUUUAAAAUUUUUAACCUGUUCCAACAUUAAAACUUUCCCUGUUUCAGUGUUCCCAUAUAUCAAAGUUUGUCCGACUAGACACCGUUAAGCUAUUAACAAAAUUUCAGCUUGCUAUUAAUCAACUUUUUUUUCUUAUGCGGGAUCCAGACCUAUUAACAAAUCAGCAAUCGAAAUAUAUUUGCUAACUGUUAUUAAUUUAUACAUGACUUGUGCAUUCAUAAAUAUUCUUUAAACAAUUGGGCCUUUAUGAAUACUCAUUUAUGUUUAUUGGGUAUCUACUAUAAUAAGGAUAUUGUAACUCCGAACAAACUUUACCGUAUUUUCUAACUCUUAAAUCCUCUCUACUUUCCUGCCAUUUAAACGUUUUAUUUUAACAUAAGAGUCAAAAAGUACAUAACUCUAACCACUUUUUAAUUCAAUAAUAAUAUUUUAACCCUUUGUAAAAAGUAUUUAGUUCGAUAUUGGACGAAUAGGUUUGAUUAAAUGAUUUCAAACAGGCCCCAAUCGUAUCUGCUUGUUUCCAACUAAAAUAUUUGUAACUUGCAGGGUAGGAUAGGCCUAGCAAGCCUAAAGCUUUGUUAGUUUCUGUAUUUGAUAUUUGUAAAGUACCAGCAUAAAUUCUUUAUUUUAAGGUAUAAUAUGUACCAAUCAUGAGAUAUACUCAGGUAUGUUGAUAUUCAAAACCAAAGUCUGGCAUAGUUUUAUUAUGUUAAUGAUCAAUUAGCUUUGGAUUUCUCAGUCUUAGUAUUUGACGUUUUUGUAAAAUAUCUACCUAUCAACAUAAAUGCGCCGAUAUAAAAAAAUUAGAAGCCAUACAUUGGCACAGGUUAUGUUUAGAUUUUUCUUCCGUAAUAGUACCUAACAAUGUUUGGACAGUUUUAGGAACUUAUUUGCUGGGUGAACUCUGCGUUUGUCUAAAUAUGUUCGCUUAUAUGUCUUUCCGUAGCUCGCUCAACGUUAAACACAUAACAGUUUGUGUCAACAGCUUGUGCCUACUUAUUUAGAAGUCAUAAAAUACCUUUCGAUUUAUAAACUUAUCUUUACUCGAUUUUAUACUUUUAUUGUUCUAAUGACUCUGUACUGACUGUGUUCUUUUUUGUAAAAUUCUUAUACUACUUCUUAUUGCACGAAGCAAUAAGAUAUUUUGCAAAAAUAUCAAUUAUUUUGAUAUUUAUUUAUUAAAUAUAAUUUUCUGGUUAUGCUAACUAUAGGCAGCCCUUCAACAUAGACAUAGAUCUCUUGGACAGGUUUGCCGUAUCUCUUUCUAGCACAUUGUAUCGAGAAACUAUCAUGAAACUAAGUGGGUGUAUAGGCACGGAAGGGGAGGACUACUGUCGCAGCUUUAUUAUGCGUGAGAGUAAAACAGCACUGAGCCAAAAAAAAAGAUGGUGUCGUCACUUCGCUCAACAUGACACUGUGUUUAUGUUAAACAGAGCCCUUCAAUCACUUCCAAUUCUCUGAGCGCGAAACAUGUAGAGAGAGAGAGAGAGAGAGAGAGAGAGAGAGAAAUAGAGAGAGAGAGAGAGAGAAAGAGAGCAAAUAAACUAUCUAUAUUUAUCCCAUUUUUUACCUAGGUGUUCCGAUUUUGUAAAGGAAAGUAGAGGGUUGAAGACUGAUCAACCAGAGCGAGGAGCAAGAGAGUUAGUAUGUAAUUUAAUGUUCUCUCUCCCUUGUGAUACUCGGCUGGUUCUCAGAGCAUGAAAGCUGCCACUAGUUGCUGUAUGCUCAAAGGCUGGGACAGCCUUUACUACUUCGACUUUUGGAAGUGUCAUAAUUACUAGAAGCAUUGAAUAAAAAACUGCAUUUUUUUAUUUAUUUAUGCCUCAACCUCAAAGGGUCAUUGGCGAAGUACAAUUAAAAGGUUUACAAUUUAUUUAGUACAUUUAGUACAUUUUCAAAUUGUUCUUAUCAGUUCCGUCACUUAAUAUUGCUUGUAAGGUGUCUUGUAGUUUAUAUUGAAGUCACUGUAUGCAAUAGAGAUGACACUGCAAUCAAAUGUGGCGAACACUGAGCACAAUAUCACAUACGUAGCACUGUGGUUUACCUUCACUCUCCAGCAGAUGUUUGUGGGUAAUGGCGGUGUGGCCUAUUCUCAGACGAGAGAGAAUGGUUUGGUGUAAUCGUUUAUUUGGGGUGAAUUUCCAAGGUAUUAUCGAGUAUUUUAUUUCUCGCCGUUUGAAUGUUGAUUGAUUCCACUUCGUCUGCCAAGCAUUGAUUACCAAGUUCUUGAUUACAGGUUUCACAUCUAGAUGUAGAAUGCUUCUGAUUUCUAGAGCUUCCGUGCUUAAUACUGCUAGUUUUGUCAAGGAAUCUACUUCUUCAUUAAAAGCAAUUCCGAUAUGUGAUGGAGUCCAUACAAAGUUGACAUUGAUAUUCAUAGAAAGAACUGCAAUUUGAACUUUCUGUUCUCGAUUUUUCUCUCCCGGUUCUCCUCCAUUUCUCUUUCUUUCAUCUCUACUGCGUACAUAAAAUAUAAAGUUUAAAUCCAGGCCAGUGAAUUGCUUCGGUCAGCGUCCUUUUGUUUUUUUAUUUGCCCUUUGAUUUUUAUUUUAUUUCACCUAUAUGUACACUAGUUAAAUCUUUAGUAAACUAUAACAUUGAGCAGUAAGGACAUUUAAAUCUAAAAAAAUGAGAUUCUAAACCUUCCUCUUCACUUUAUAGCUUGUAUCCAUUUUUUAACAUGCAGGAUUCUUUUUCUUUUUUUAUUCUGUCAAACAAUUUAUUUAUCUUUCUUAUUAGGGUCCUCAACAUCCAUCUGUUUAUUUACAUUGUCGUAUAAAACCCAUAUUAACUAUAUUCUACUGCACACAUUCUCGAUGACGCGAUUAUGAGAUUCAUAAAUAAUUUACAUCGUCAUAAAAUUCUUUUAAGUGAAGCUCAUAUUAUUCGUCCGUUUUGUAUAGACAAGGCAAAAACGGCGGGUUCGUUAGAAAAAAUAUCCCCAUGAUAUUUUUUUGCAUAAUCACAUUCGUGAGACAUCCCAGAAUAGGUUCAAGAAGUCGCCCACGUAAAAAGUGGUCCAAUUUUUGGCCCGCACAAAUUUUUUUGGGUUUAUUGGACCAUUCUGGACAAACAAGGUCUUUGGUAAUUUUUCUCUAAAAGUUGAUCGUUUUCGAGUUAUAAACAAUUUAAUAUUGAAAAAAAAAACGAAAAAUGACGAUUUUCAAGGCUUAAUAAAUUGGUUAAAAGUUAUAACUAUGAAAGUUAAAAAGUGACUAAAUCAAAGUUUAAAGCCCCCUCUACAAGAUAAUGAAGAAAUUUUUGUCAUAAUUUUAUUACUAAGCUAAGGUAAUAAUAAUGAGCGCUGCACGUAUUAGGCGGCCGUCUAUGGUGAGUGCGAGAGAGAUGCCAUUCCGGCAGUCCAAUGGGGCAUCUUACUCGCACUCACAUUUAUACCCGCGUCAUUACGCUCUUACGGCUUAUUGUUAAUAAUUAAUAAUAACAGCUUAGUAAUAAAUUAAUGACACAAAUUUGUUCAGGAUCAUGUAGGGGGGGGGGCUUUAAACUUUGAUUUAAUCACUUUCUGACUUCUGAUUUUUGCGUUUUUCAAAUUUUAAAUUGCUUAUAACUCUAAAACCAUCAACUUUAGAGAAAAAUUACAAGAGACCUUUUUUGUCCAGAAUGGUCUAGAAAAUCUAAAAGAAAUUGUCCAGACCAAAAAUAAUAAUUUUUGCAAUUUGAUUAAAAAAAAUUGUUAAAAAAAAUUUGGACCACUUUUCUCGUGGGCGACUUCCUGAACCUUAUUCCGGGGUGUAUUACAAAUGUGAUUAUGCAAAAAAUCUCAUGGGAAUAUUAUUUUUAAAGAACCCGCCGUUUUUGCCUUAUCUAGUAUGAGUUAAAACUUUGUUUAAUAGACACACUCAUUGUGUUUUUACUGAAAAUUUGGUUUUCUUGAUCAGUAAUCUGAAGUUCUGUGAAAAAUAUGUAAAUUUUCGCGCAUUGGUCAAUAACGAUAUUUCUAGUUUAUUUACUUUUAAGUAUAAAUUCUCAGGUUUAAAGUAGCACUUCUUAUAUUAUUAUGUAGAGAUUGCUGAAAUUUAACGUGUUCUAUGUAGGUAUGUAGUUCUAAUAAUUAUGUUGUAGAUAUAUACUUAUUUUAACAAAUAUUGGUAAACAGGUAGUACAGUACAAGGGUAUACUUUAAAGCUUCAUAAUAAUAAAUAGUGUUUAUAAACAACUUAAAAUUAAUGUAUUUUACAAUAACUUUUAAGAAAGGGGGCUUUUACUAUAAUGUUUCCCAUUAUGUUUACCUUUCCUUAUACUUCUAGAUUCUAAUGGAAUAGUGGCAUCAUGUAAGAUUUUUUGUCGAUGUACAGCUUUUUGUAACAGUCUUUGGAUUUCGAGGAUUAAUCUCUUCCUUUAUUUCCAGAGAUUAUGUUCUCAACAUUUUUUAGUUUUUAUGUGUAUUAUAUUUUUUACUAUUCCUACAUUCGUCUGCGUUUUUCACCAUCUAUUUGUCAAUUUGUAUGCAUGAGCAUGUCCUUCCAAACAUAAAUAUGCAGGAUUCCUUAUUUGUGUAUUUGCACAAAUUGGGUAAACAGACUUAAUUAAUAAUUUGACUAAUAUCAAAAUCAUUCUUUAAAAUCAUAUUUGGCUCCACAAUGCUUUGUGGAUCUUAGCCGGCCCUGAUUAGUUGCCAUUCUGUUCGGAAUCGGUUGCCAUCUUCUGAUUUUUAAUAUCUCAACUCAAAUGUAGCCAGCUCCUUCUUUUGCUUUGCAAAUUGCAGAAAACGUAGAUUUAGGUGGUCACCAGAAUUUUCGGAUCUAUAUUUUCUCGGAUUUUCUCGGAUAUUUUCGGAUUUUCUCGUUGUGUUGAAUAUAUGUCUCUACAGCGUCUACCAGCAAAUCAUUUUCCAUAAUUUUGCUUAGUAAGACAGUUUGUUUUCUUUUUGAUUCAGAGCAGAUCAUAAGCCUAUCUGAAGAUCCCAAAAGGGUGAAACGUGCGUAAGAGGAUGGUGGUUCCCUCUGAAACAGAAUAAGACAUUAACUCUCUUUCAUUUGAUAGCAAGUAAAUCAAUCAAUAUUCCUUAAUCAUACUGUUAGUUUGGUUUGAUAUACUCUGUGAUACAUGUGCAAGCGGCUUAGAAUUAUAUUUUCAAAUAACUCGGUUGUGACAUUGAAUAAUAAAGUCAAACUUUGAAAAACAGUAACAAUCACAUUACACGUUCUUGUUAUAGUCGUUUCGCUAAACUCAGACACAACUGGCUAGUGAUUUUAGUAGGUAGUUUUUUUGUUUUUGGCCAAUUUUGCCAAAAUUGGCAAAAUUACUGACUAUUUAUAUACAUAAUAGAGCUCAACAGGUUUUAACGGCCCACGGCUUGGAAUUUGUCCACGGUUUUCCUCCAUUUUCUCCUGUCCAUAGCCGCAGUUCUCCAAUUUUAUAACCUGACUGUUUCCAGGUCUUCCUUACAUGCUUCUAGCCACUUUUUCCUGGAUCGUCCUCUUCUCCUCUUUCCUUCUCCUCUCAGCAGCAAGUCUUUUGCCCACCUUCCGUCAGCCAUUAUCGCAAGAUGACCUAACCAACUUAGUCUCUUUGUUCUGACCAUCUGGCUUAUUUCUGCUUUUCGGUACAGAUCUCUGAUAUCAUUUGUUUGUCUCCUCCAAACGUCCUUAUCGUUUUUUACUCCCCCGAAUAUCUCCCUUAGGACACUUCGCUCCCAGAUGUUCAGCAUAUUUUCUUGAUUUUUGUUUAUGACCCAUGUUUCGCUUUCGUAAAGAACUGUGGGCUGGAUCACUGUUCGGUAAAGUCUUAAUUUUGCCUCUCUGGAGAUGUUUUUCGCUCUUAUUAGUUUGUGUAGGGCUCCGAUUGUCUUUCUUCCUCUCGAAAUUCGUUUUCUAAUUUCUUGGCAUUCUUCACCUUUACUUGUUAGCGUUACUCUUAGAUACUCAAACUAUGUCACCUUUUUAAAGCAAUAUUCUUUAUUCUCGUUGUUUGUGGUUGUUUUCAGUUGUGUAUCUUCAUCUGAGGUCUGUCCCAUUUCCAUAUACUUUGUUUUUUGCUCAUUAAUUCUCAGUCCAUACUGCUUGACCUUUACUUCAAAGAGUUUGAAAAUUCUCAGCAGUCACCUUUCCGUUCUUGCCAUUAGCUCUACAUCGUCCGCAAAUCCCAGAACUUGGUUUCUGUUAUCAAAGAUCAUACCUUUUGUUCGUAUUCCACUCUCUUGCAAUAUUGCCUCCAACAAGAAAUUGAAGAGUACUGUGGACAGCGGAUCUCCCUGCUUUUAACUUUCCUUUUAAUCUUCCUUUUAACUUUAAAUUUUCCUGUUAGGCUUCCUUAUAUCCUUACUCUAUUAUCGGUCUUCACUAAGGUAAUUUUUACGGUCUGAUCAUCUUUUACGGAAUUAUAAGUACUCUUAAAGCCUGGUACAAACGCCUUCUUGUCACAGAAUCGUAAGCUUGUUUAAAAUCUAUAAAGGGGAGGUUUAACUUUAACUGCUUCUCAUACGUACUGCUCUGAAUCAUUUUCAGUACGAAUAUUUGAUCUAUAGUGGAUCUGCCCUUUUUGAAUCCUCCCUGGUAUUCACCAACCUGCUCGUUUAGGUGCCUUUUCAGUCUGAUGCUUACGACUCUGGCGAGUACCUUAUAUGUUACGUCUAGGAGAGUGAUACCCCUAUAGUUUUCACACAUUGCUCAAUCUCCCUUCUUACGAAUGGGACAUACUAUGGCCUCUCUCCAUACUUUCUGCAUUUCCUCUCGCUCCCAGAUUUUUGUCAACAGGCUACCUAUUCGCGUUGUAAGUGCUUCUCCCUUAUUUUUGAAUGAUUCUGCAGUAAUACCAUUGCUGCCUGCAUUUUUGUUGUUUUUCAUGCUAUGUAUGAUUUCUCUUAUUUCUUCCACGGUUGGAGUCUCCAUUGUUUCCGCCGGUUCUCUGACUUUCUCUACCAUUUCCACUUGCUCCUCAUCACUAACUAUUUAGUUUUUAUUAACUAUUUAAUAAUUAAUUUUUUUUGCCAAUUUUACCAAAUUGGCAAAAUUACUUAAUAAAAUCACUAGCCAGUUGUGUCUGAGUUUAGCGAACCGACUAUAACUGUUAUUUUUUUUUGCGCUACUCUUCUAUCAUCUAUAUUCUGUAUUAUUCUAGCCACUCAAACUUUUCUAACAAUUAUAUUUUUCAUCUUGUUUAAUUUUUUUAGCUUUAGAUUAUGGCUUUGGACUUUUAUCUUUCUUUCUCUUGAGCUUAACCUUAAAUAUUCAAUUUUAUACUUCAUUCUUACCCUGUAGAAAACCUAAUGUUAUUUGUCUAGAAAUAACAUAAUUUUCUUCAUCGAAAAAUUUAAAUAUCUAGUCAAUUCUAUUUAUUGUUAAAUCUUCCCUAGACAUUUAAAUAUAUUUUUAAGUGUUUUCAUUGUCAGCUUCGAUAACUACAACUUACACAUACUGUUCCUCCCAAAUGUUGUACAUUCUUUCUUGAAAACUUUAUACACAUCUUUCAAAACGUUAAAUUUCAGGAUUUCCAUUAAUAAAUUAUUAAAUUGUUAUUUUGAAACAAACUGUGUAUUUAAAAAAACAAAUAAAAACUUGUUCUAA